AUGGAGAUCGAGGGGUACUGCCUGGUGGCCGAGGGCCUGGCCCGGCACGACCCACCCCCUGGCGGCCACUGGACGUGCUGGCUCCUGGACCAGGUCCGCGACCUCAGCAUGUUCUCCAACAACAAGCUGAUUCAGGUGGCCGCCUGUUCUUCCACCUUCGUCACCAUGGAGAUCCGGGACUACUACGUGCCGCGGCCGGACGAGGUCGUGUUCAGUUACUACAUGAGGGCCGGCAGGGGACACCAGCUCACACUGCAGAUGGAGGCCAGCCACGAGAAGGCGCUCGUGGACGUCCAGAUCUUCGACAAUGAGAAUAAACUGGUGGCUUUCGUGGAAGGCCUGGGUCAGGCCGUCAUCCCCCUGUUCACGCUGGACGGCGAGGAUCCGUUUGUGCCAUCAGCCCCGAGGGACAAGAAAAGAAAGAUGUCGGCAUAUAAGCCUCCACAGCCGGCCUGA